AUGCCCCCUCGUGGCAGCCGGCGUGCAGGCCAGCCUUUGGCUUUGCUGCUCCGCAGCGAGUCACCCUCGGUAUAGCGUCGCCCUGGCUCAGCGCUUGUGCCCAACUCCCUGCCCGGCCCAGCGCCAGUCUAGGGGCGACGCUCCGAGGUAAAUUCUAGGAGGUGCAGGAUUCUGCGUAGGCCCUGUUGUCUUGGAGAAGCCUGAGGCUCUGAGCGGCGCGGGGGCGGACGCGAUGGCAGAGGAGCAGGAAUGCGAUUUCACGAAGUCAUCGGCCGACUCUGAGGCAGCGGCGGCCGCAGAACCUCUGGGGUCCCCAGCGGAGACCACCGCGGUCGCGGCGCCGUCCCCGGAGCUCGAGGACAGCAGCAAGUGUGUAUUCUGCCGGAUCGCGGCAGGGAAGGAUCCCAGCGCUGAACUCCUGUACUGUGAGAAUGAAGACCUAGUUUGCUUCAAGGAUAUUAAACCAGCAGCACCUCAUCAUUAUCUUGUGGUGCCAAAGAAGCAUAUUGGAAACUGCAGAUACCUAAAGAAAGAUCAAAUAGAACUGAUUGAGAACAUGGUAACUGUUGGAAAAACCAUUCUUGAAAGGAAUAAUUUCACUGACUUCCAAAAUUCAAGAAUGGGUUUCCACAUGCCACCAUUCUGUUCCAUUUCCCACUUGCACCUUCAUGUUCUGGCACCAGCUGAUCAGCUUAGCUUCUUAUCAAGACUGGUUUAUAAAGUGAAUUCCUAUUGGUUUAUCACAGCUGAUUAUUUGAUUGACAAACUAAGAACAUGAAAAUGUCAGCAGUGGAAGAUUUUCCUAAUCUUGGCUGAUCAUAAACUGAUAUUUUGGUCUCUCGGAAGUCUAAUUACAGUUGUAAGGUUCAUUGGGUUUUAUGAGAAGCUAUUACUGGGUAGCCUUGAAUUGUUUCUUAAUGUUUGUUUCCUGAAAUCUGUGUUAUAGUUACAUGAGUAUUUUGUCAUUGACUUUGUUUUAAUGGUUCUUUGUUUAAGGUAUAAGAUACUAUAGAUAAAAUCCCAUAAAAACAAAUUCUGGGACUUCCUUGGUGGUGCAGUGGUUAAGAAUCCACCUGCCAAUGCAGGGAACAUGGGUUCCAUCCCUGGUCCAGGAAGAUCCCACAUGCCACAGAGCAACUAAGCCCGUGCUCCACAACUACUGAGCAUGCGCUCUAGAGCCCAUGAGCCACAACUACUGAAGUCUGCACACCACAACUACUGAAGUCCACACGCCUAGAGCCUGUGCUCUGCAACAAGAGAAGCCACCACAAUGACAAGCCCAGCACUGCAAUGAAGUGUAGCCCCUGCUAGCGGGAACUAGAGGAAGCCUGUGCACAGCAACAAAGACCCAAUGCAGCCAUAAAUAAAUAAAUAAAUAAAUAAAUAAUUUAAACAAACAAAUUCUGUUAAACAAAGAAAGGCUCAGUAUUUUUUAAAGUUCAAAUAUUUUUAUUUCUUAGUAGAUAGUUAUAAUAGUGAUUUAUUUAUGAAGAAUAAACUGGUAUAAAAAGUACUUUGUUGGAGCCUUUAUUAUAUAAAGGAGAAAGAGAAAUUAUUUCUUGAUUGUUCUAUAAUUUUACACAUAAAAUUUCAAAAUAAAGAGGACCGUACUACACAGUGACCUCUGACCUUAUUGAUGGAAAGAAUUGUAUAUAUGUCACUUUUUACUCAGAUUUCAGAUGCUGGUUUUCACUUCUUGAAGCAUAGCAUGUUUGUAAUAAAUUGAUCCUAAAAGCUGUAUAAUAUAUAUAAAAUAAUUUCAUUCUAACAGUGAAUUUGCUAUAAUAAUCAAUUUGGCUAUCCAAGAGAAUUCAUCAUAAUGGGAUUUUACCUGUAAGAACGUAAAUGGGGAAGAAACAUUAAGUGGUUAUAUUAAUGUAUUAAAACUGGCAGAAACUGUUGCUUUAUGGCUUAUUGUGCCAAAGGAAAGUUAGAAUUAAAAAGUGGUUAGACCUGUCUUUCAUCAUGAAAAAGUCCUGAUUUGAAAGUAGAGAUAGAGAGGCUUGGAUGAGAAAAUUUAUUUUAAUAACACAACAUUGAUAUUACUGAUAAAUCAUUUCAUGAGACGUAUUUCUUUAGGAAUUGUCUUUUGGUGCUAAUCUACACUAACAAUAGUGCAUGUGAAUGAAAAAUAAGUACUGAAAGCCAGUCUUACAUUGGCCAGUGUAUAACGGUACCAUGUACUUGAAUAUAAAUGAACAUAAAGAUUAAAGUAUUGAUCUUAGAAAUUGGCUGAGAAGACUAGUUUUUUUUCCCUUUUUUUUGGCAUGAUAUCACACAUAGUUUUAAGUAAUGAAAUACUUAUUAACAGUGUUUAGUUACAACCUCUGGAAUCACUACUGUUUAGCUCAUUUGUUCAUUUAUUCAUUCAACAGACAUUUGCUGGGCAUUUAAUGUGUACCAAAUACUGCCACGAUCAGGAAAUAUAGAAGUGAGAAAGGACAGUCUGCCUUUAAUUGCUAAUACAAGGGUCAGACAAAACCAGUGAGUACAAUUUGGUAUGUUAAAUACAAAAAUAUCAACAGAAGAGGCUGUGGAGACGGACAAACUUUUGAGAGCAGGUGGCAGUAGAACUGAGUAUUUGAGACUCAAUGUUAGGCAGAUAUAUAGUGGAAGUUUAGGCUGAGAGACUAACAUGUACUUUUCUUGGUUCUGCUUCCAUGAUUAUUUACUUUACAACUGAACAUCCAAAUUCCAUUUUAUUCACUGGAGGUGGAGAGAGGAAUUUGAAAGUAGGGGUUAUGGUCUCUCAAAAUUACAAGUUUUUCAGCACUGCUUUAUUAAGUAGCUUGCUGAGCACCUACACGGAUUAGCAUUUACAUAUUUCUAUAAAUCAGUUCAACUGUGACCAGCUUCAGAAAAGGAAUUUUCAACAUACGGAACAUGCUGUACUAUGUGAACUUGCAGAUAUAAUUGACAGUAUUAUGAUAAUAACGUAACAUAUUUAAGGAAUUCUCAGAUGCCUUAUGAACCUCUUAAAAAUGUGAUUAGCCAUUUAAUUUAUAUGAAAUUAUACCAUCUCAUAGUAAGUUUUUCUCCUUUGUUGGAAAACCCUUGGAACCUUACAUUUUUAGUGGCACUUCUCUUGUAAAGAUUAAUAACCAAAUUAUGACAAUUAAAAUUCACUCGGCCUUUUCAGUAGUUUAUUUGGUAACUCUCUAGCUAUUUAUAACAUUAGCUCAAUACAAAACUAAUUAAUAACCUGUCUUUAAAAUGUUUAGAGUAAUAUCAAGAGCAUUAUUUAUGCAUGUUGUGAUACUAUUUUUUGGUAACUGCAGAAUUGUAAAAUUAUUAGUAAUGAACUAUUUCAAACUGUGUUUACUUAGCUAUUUCUGCUAAAUAAAUAUGGAAAAAUGCUGUGUAAAAUUUUGUCUCUCUGGACUUUAAAUAAAGUUUUGUUUUUUAAAAGACUUUACUUUUUUUAGAGCAGUUUUAGGUUGACAGCAAAAUUGAGAGAAAGGUACAGAGAUUUCCUUAUACCCCUUGCCCCCAGACACACAAAGCCUCUCCAAUUAUUAACAUUCCCCACCAGAAUGGUGCAUUUGUUAGAACGGAGUAACCUACACUGACACAUCAUAAUCACCCCAAAGUCCAUAGAUUAUCUUAAGGUUCACUCUUGGUACUGUACAUUCUAUGGGUUUGGACAAAUAUAUAGUGAGAUGUAUCAUUAUAGUAUCAUACAGACUAUAUGUAUUUUCACUGCCCUAAAAGUCCUCUGUACUCUGCCCAUUCUUCCCUCUCCCUCCAACCCCUGAUCUUUUUACUGUUUCCAUAGUUUUGCCUUUUCCAACAUGUCAUAAUUGUUGGAAUCAUACAGUAUGUAGCCAUUUCAGAUUGGCUUCUUUCACUUAGUAAUAUGCAUUCAAGGUUCCUCCAUGUGUUUUCAUGGCUUGAUAGUUGAUCUAUUUUUAGCACUAAAUAAUAUUCCAUUGUCUGGAAAUACCAGUUUACCCAUUCACCUACUGAAAGACACCUUGGUUACUUCCAAGUUUUGGCAGUUAUGAAUAAAGCUGCUCUAAAAACCCAUAUGCAAGUUUUUAUGUGGACAUAAGUUUUCAACUCCUUUGGGUAAAUACCAAGUUGCACAAUUGCUGGGUCUUAUAGUAAGUGUAUGUUGAGUUUUGUAAAAAAUCACCAAGUUGUUUUCCAAAGUGCUUGUACCAUUUUGUAUUCCCACCAGCAAUGAAUUAAAAUUCAGUUGCUCCACAUCCUUGCCAGAAUUUGGUGUGGACAGUGUUUAGGAUUUUGAUCAUUCUAAUAGGUAUGAAGUGGUAUCUCAUUGGUGUUUUAAUUUGUAUUUCCUUGAUGACAUAUGAUUUAGUAGAACAUCUUUUUUCAAUUUUUUAAUUGGGUUAAUAUUCCUGUUGUUGAGUAUUCAGAAUUCUUCAUAUAUGCUAGAUAAUAGUCCUGUAUCAGUUAUCGUUUGAAAAUACUUUCUCCCAGUCUGUGGCUUGUCUUCUCAUUCUCUUGACAUGAUCUUUUACAGAGCGAUGGUUUUUAAUUAAGUCCAGCUUAUCAAUUAUUUCUUCAUGGAUUGUGCCUUUGAUUUUAUACCGAAAAAGUCUUUGCCAUACACAAGGUCAUCUGUGUUUUCUCCUGUUAUUUUCUAGGACUUUUAUAGUUUUGCAUUUUACAUUUAGGUAUAUAAUCCAUUUUGAGUUAAUUUUGGUGAAAAGUGUAAAGUCUGUGUCUAGAUUCAUUUUUUUUGCAUGUGGAUAUCCAAUUGUUCCAGCACGAUUUGUUGAAAAGACUGUCUUUACUUUAUGGUAUUGCCUUUGCUCCUUUGUUGAAGUUCAUUUGAUUAUAGUUAUGUGGAUCUAUUUCUGGGCUCUCUAUUCUAAUUCCAUUGAUCUAUUUGUCUAUUCUUUCACCAAGACCUCACUGUCUUGAUUACUGUAGUUUUAUAGUAAGUCUUGAGUUUGAGUAGCAUCAGUCCUCCAACUGUGUUCUUCUCCUUCAACAUUGUGUUGGGUCUUCUGGGUAUUUUGCCUCUCCAUAUAAACUUUAGAAUCAAUUUUUCAGUAUCCACAAAAUAACUUGCUGGAGUUUUGAUUGGAAUUGCAUUGAAUCUAUAGAUCAAUUUGGGAAGAACUGACAUCUUGACAAUAGUGAGUCUUCCUAUCCAUGAACAUGGAGUAUCUAUUUAUUUAGCCCUUCUUUGAUUUUGUUCAUCAGAGGUUUUUGGUGCUCCUCAUAUAGAUCUUGUACAUAUUUUGUUAGAUUUAUACCUAAGUAUUUCAUUUUGGGGGAGUGCUAAUAUAAAUAUGUAUUGUUUAUAAUUUUAACUGCCAUUUUUUUAUGGCUGGUAUAUAAGAAAGCAACUGACUUAAAAAAAUAUUAUUUAUUUUAUUGGCUGUGUUGGGUGUUCGUUGCUGUGCAUGGGCUUUCUCUAGUUGUGGCGAGUGGGGGCUACUCUUCAUGUGGUGCACAGGCUCCUCAUUGUGGUGGCCUCUCUUGUUGCGGAGCACGGGCUCUAGGCAUGUGGGCUUCAGGAGGUGUGGCACAUGGGCUCUAGAGUGCAGGCUCAAUAGUUGUGGAGCACAGGGUUAAUUGCUCCCUGGCAUGUAAUAUCUUCUUGGGGCAGGGAUCAAACCCACGUCCCCUGCAUUGGCAGGCAGAUUCUUAACCACUGCACCACCUAGGAAGUCAAGUAAUUGACUUUUGCAUAUUAAAUUUGUCUCCUGCCACUUGGCUGUAAUCACUUAUUAGUUUCAGUAUUUUUUUUAUUGAUUCAGAUUUUCUGUAUAGAUGACCAUGUCAUCUAUGAACAAAGACAGUUUUGUCUUUCUUCCCAAUUUGUAUACUUUGGCUUUUCUUUUAUUAUCUUAUUAUUAGCUAAACCUUAGAGUUAUAAUGUUUAAAAUGAGUGGUGAGAAGGGGCAUACUUGCCUUGUACCAGAUCUCAGUGGGAAGCUUUGAGUUUCUCAUCAUUAAUUAUGAUGUUAGCUGUAGAUUUUUUGUACAAACUAUCAAAUUUGAAGUUCUUAUCUAGUGCUAGUUUACUGAGACUUUUUUUUUUUUUUUAAAUAGGUAUUGGGCUAUUAGAAUAGAAAGCCCUCAGACACAAAAAAUGCUUUGUCAAAUGCUUUUUCUUUAUCUAUUGAUAUGAUCAUGUGAUUCUUCUUUUUUAGCUUGUUGAUGUGAUGGAUUACAUUAAUUGAUUUUCAGAUGUUGAACCAGCCUUGCACACCUGGGAUAAAUCCCACUUGGUCAUCUGGACUUUUUCAGCAGUACUAAAAAGAGGUUCAAAUGAGAGAUGUUUAAUAAGUUGGCUGAUCCUAAAGUAUGAAUGGCUCACUGUCAGAGUUGUAGACGUACCUCUUCUUUCAUAUAAGGAUCCAAAGUCAAGAACACAGUCUUUAUUAUUGCCAACACUCGUACAUUUCUAGAUUUUGAUGUCAAAAAGUCAUCUACAAAAGCUGAUGCCCACACUUUAAGUACCCACUACUCUAAGUUGCUAAAAUGAAGCUGAUACCUGUUGAUUCAUCUGAGUCAGCUUUUAUUUUAGCAAUAUAAAUACAAAAAAAAAAAAGAUCUCUGAUUCAGCUUAAACUUAAUUAAAAUGGCUAAGUGUACUUUUGAUUAAGAAGAAUCAGAUCCUCAUUGUACGAUUAGUUAUUUAAAGCCACCUAGGUAGAGAUGGAUCCACAAUUAACAAUCACCCGUUAAUUAAACCAAUCCCUAAGUCAAAUAUCUUUCAGGUAUUGAUACAUAUAUUUUCUAGUGAUAUAAAACAGGCAUCUUAAGCUUAAAAUUUCCCCUCCUCCUACCCAUUCCUUUCAGUCUUCUCCAUCUUUGUUAAUGCAGUCUUUCAGUUGCUCAGGGCAAAAAUCUUGACUCCUGUCUCUCACAUUUCAUAUCUAACCCAUCAGCAAACCCUGUCAGCAGUAUCUUCAAGAUAUAUUCAGAAUUUGAACACGUCUCACCACUUGUACUGCUAUCAUCUUGGCCAGGUUCUCAUCAUUUCUUACCUAGAUUAUUGCAGUUAGCGUCCACACUUUCUCCCUGCUUUUGUCCUUGCCCACCCUACAGUCUAUUCUCAACGUAUUUAUACAUUCAAUAAAUAGAACAUGUAUGCCUGAGUGUCUUCUCAGGCCCAUAGUUUCCAAACACUUUGCCUCAGAUAGACACAAAGAAGUUUUGGUGUCAGGAUGUUGCCUUGAAGGAACCUUAAACAAAAAUCAGUUCAUUCCUUUAAGUGCCCAGAGUCUCUGCCUUUUCAGACGCUCAUCCUCUCUUGCCUUGAAUAUUACUAGAAUCCCUUGACUGGGUUUCAUGCCUCCAGUUGCUUCCUUUCUAACACAGCCUCCAUCAGAGUUCUUUCUAAAUUGCUGACCUGAUUACGCAAUUUUCUUGUUUAUGAAAACCUCACCAUUUACCCUCAAGAUUAUUCAUCAGCCUUUCCAGCCUUAUCUCCUGUACCUAUACUCUACAUGCCAGACAUUUUUACUAUUUUAACUAAACUGAGCACAUCUUUGAAAAUCUGUUCACCUUUAAAGGCCAGGGUAAAACGUUACAUCCUCUGGGAAGUCGUCUCUGAUAUUUCCCAUCCCCAACCAUAGCAUUAUUAAAUGUUCCUUCAGCUGUGGUCCAUGACAUUUUGUUUUCCUAACAUAGAUCUUACGUGGUCUAGCCAGGAAAUAAUGGUGUAUUUCUUGGUAUUGGUUUUAGAGCUCUUCUAGAAUUGUGGGGUGUAAUUUUUUAUCUUUGUAUUUCCAUUGCCUUAACCCAGUGACUGAUUCAUAUUACUAGUUAGUAAAUGUUGUAUAUUAAUCUCUGAGUCCCUUAAAAAUUACCAUGACAAGCCAAAAUCGGAUUGAGCACCAUGAUAACCCUAAUUCAGGCAACUUUUAAUCCAAAAAUCAAGAGUAUAACCUAGAUGUCAGGAUCCCCUGGUGUUAGGUCCUUCAUGGCGGUAUCCAUGACCAAUAUAACUCAGGUGUGAAACCUCUUUGAGUUUUCAGAGAAUCCACCCACACCAAACAUUUCAAACAUCUAAUAACUAAACUUUUGUAGAGCAAGGGGAAAGUGUCACCUAGCUCCUGCCGUCUUGUUGACUCUCUUUUUCUCUACUUCUCCUCUCCUUGCCUUUGGAGCACGUUUAUCCUUUCUCUGAAUCCUUAGUUCUAGUCAAUGCCUGGUCCACAAGAAAUCACCUAACUUAGGAGGCUCUACUAGGCAUUUUCUCAGCUAAGGAGAUUAUCUUAGAUUCUCAUUCUGGCUAGUAAGAGGAAUAUUUUCUUCUUGUUAUAUAUCUUCUGCUGAGAAAAAUAUUUGCAGCAUUUUUCAAAUUUACCAAAUAAAUUCUCUCCCCAAACAGGUGCGAAGAAGGCAAAAUAUGCUAUUAUCUGUGGUACCUGGGACUCAAAGCCCAUCCAUCCAUCCAUUCACGGCACUCUCCCAGGCAGUGAUUCUCAAACCUUAGUGUGCAUUAGAACCAUCUGGUGGGCUCAUUUAAAACAGACUACUGGGCCCCACACUAGAGUUUCUGAUUUAGGGGUGGGGCAGGAUUUUGCAUUUCUAAGUGGUUUCCAGGUGAUACUGAUGCUGCUGGUGACUGCACAUUAAAUAAAAAACUGAGGAGCUUUAAAAAACAUCUAUGUUCAAGCCACAUACCAGACAAGUUAUAUCUGAACCUCUGGAGAUAGAUUCCAGGCCUUGUAUUUUUAAAAACUUCUCAGGUAAUUCCAAUGUGCAGCUAAAUUUGAGAACCUGUGCCCUAUAGGACUGAAUAAAACUCUUCUUUGGGCCCUAUUAUAGUAGAUGCUCAGAAAAAUCCCAUUUAUGGGACAUGAGGCUAUCUAUACUAUAUAUAAUCAUUUUCCUACUCAUGGGAAGCAACUAGGAUCAAGAGAUGGUGAUUGUUGGGAAUUGUGCUUAAACAAGAAUCUGUGUGUUUUUUCCUAGGAAAGCUGCACUUACUUUGAGACUUAAUAUUUGCAAACUACUUGUCAAAAGCCUUUAUUUAGAAAUCAUAUUUGCUUCUUAUAUUUGGAAGGAAAGAAGGAAGGGAGAGAAGGAAAGUGGGAAGGAGGAAAAGAGGAAGGACGAAAAAUCUGGCUCAAAUGAAGCAAAUGCACUAUGAACUUAUCCCUAAUACACAAGUUCUGCCCAAGAGAAGUAAUCAAUGGCAUUCCAUUCAAAGAUGUGCAAUAUGCGUAACAAACAGUACUGUGUCAUAGCAAUGAAAAUUCAAAAGGAUAGACAAAUAUGAUAGUUAAUGAAAAGGGCAUAAAGAAGACUUGAUAAGACAUAGAAAACAAGCUUAUGGUUACCAAAGGGGAUGGGGGUGGGGGAGGGAUAAAUUAGGAGUUUGGGAUUAGCAGAUACACACUACUAUAGAUAAAAUAAACAACAAGGUCCUACUGUAGUGCACAGGGAACUAUACUCAAUAUCCUGUGAUAAACCAUAAUGGAAAAUAUGAAAAAGAAUAUAUAUGUAUAACAGAAUCACUUUGCUAAGAGAAACUAACACAACAUUGUAAAUCAACUAUACUUAAAUAAAAUUAAUUUUUUUUUUAAUUGCAAGUCACUAGACGCUAGUUUGAACACCAGCUUCCAAAGCCCAUACUUUCCUGCUGCUCCUUAACUACUCCAGUAAGCUCAAAAAUGUCGGACAGGUCUGGCUGUGAGUCCCUCAAAGGCAGUUUAAUUGAUCUCAGAGUAGUUCCACACUAAUCCUAAUGGCCUGUGUAGGGUUAAUUUCUACCUCCCCAGACCAUGUAUCCAACAGUUUGAGAUUCAUGAUGCUGAUGCUUUCCUGCUCAUUUCUGGAGUGGAGAAUUAGUGGGGAUUUAGUCAUGAACCUUAGGUCAAAGGAUGUCAUGUGAAAAAUCAGUGACACUUGAAUUCCCCUUGGGUUCCCCUAGGCCGGUAUUCUCAUUUGCAGAGCAUCAUAUCAAUCCAGCUAUGAAAACCAGCACCUCUUUGAUACCCCCUAAAAAGUUGUCCCAACAAAAUCUCAUGUGUUUGGUAAUUCUGACAAAUUCUGGGGGUGGUGCAGUUCAAACCUGUUGUUAGGGUCAACUGUACUUACUCUGAGUGUUGCAAUGCAAAUAGAAGUGAUUUUUCUUUUUCCUCUUGAGAGAGGAAAACAGAGAAUGUCAAACCUGGCCUGACAGAGUUAAUCAUUCCUUGUUUUACUUUAGCUGUCACUAAUCUGUAGUUACUAGAUUUUUACUUCACAAAGCUAACUCCCUGAUACUUAACUCUGUGUGAGUCACAUCCUGCCUCUCACUCGCUAACCUUAUUUACAAUUUGGAAGCUGCAUUCCAUACGACCUUUGUAACAAAAUCAUUUCUAUAGUUUGUUUUGCAUUUCAGAAAGGAGGUCCCCAGCUGACAAACCAUCCAGCUGACAAACCAUAGACAAUCAACAAACUGCCAGACCUUAGUCACCAGGUGGCCUGACAACUGUUUUGAAAUAUUGCAAAGGAAGAAAAGAAUAAUUCAAAGGAAAAAGAAUGCAAGACCUCCACCAACUUGAUCCUUAUCACAUACCCCAGACUACCAGUCCCAGUAUAAAAUCUUUCCCGACUCCCAAGGACUGGGGGCAGGGGGCGGCGGGGCACAGUUCUUGAGGCUAUAGCCUGCUGUGUCUUCCCUUUGCCUGGCAAAGAAAAAUAAAGCCAC